AUGGCUGCAAACAUAACUCAUUUUGACUCCGGACUCGCUUACAAGACGUUUGUUUUGUGGAAUCCAUCGACUAGACAAUGCCUAGAGCUUGCAUCAUGUCCAUAUCUGAACACCUACACAAUUCCUCAUGCUAGUGGAUUGUGUUAUGAUCCUACCACUGAUGAUUACAAGGUUAUAUUGAUCUAUAAGCCGUUUUAUCUUAUCUACUCCUUGAGGAAUUUUUGGACGAAGAAAACAACUCUCCCUAUGUUAGAGCAACGUCUCUCUUCUAGUUUAAAACAAGUUACUAACAAUUUAUGGUCAUCAUAUAUAUGCUGUCAGGGAAUUACCACCGAGGGUUGUGUAUAUUGGUCUCUGGAUCCCGAACUUUGCCCGUAUGUAAGACGAGGUUCUACAAUUAUAUAUUAUGACGUAAAGUUAGAAAAACUGAAGGAGCUUCAAGCACCAAUUUUUGUAGGUGAUGAUAACGAGUUAUUUCUUUUGACUACUUUCAAAGGUCGCCUUUGCUUAUACGGUGGAGAAUCCACUGACUUGAGGAGUAAUGAAACUGAUCUGGACAUGUGGAUCAUGGAAGAAGAUGGUUGGAAAUUGUUGAUGAAACUUCACUACGUACCAUCAACAGUUUGCGAGCAUUAUUUUGUAAGACAUAGUAGGCUUUUGUGUUGCACGGAGAAUGGUGAAAUUAUCUUUAAAGGACCAAAGAAUAGCCAAAUUUCCAUUUAUUAUCCUAAGAAACAAAAAAUUGUUAUUAAAGAUGUUAUAUCCGGUUAUAAUAUCGGAUAUGAGUAUGGUCGUGAUGAAUAUCCAACAUGUUUGGAUAGUUUACAUUUUCCAAAAAUUAUCACGCACAAGAAGAAACGAAAAAUUGUGUCCGUUUAG